AUGGCUACUACGCCAGCUAGCGUACGGGUCUCCGGCCCUCCAAACAGGAGCUUCCUGGUGGGAUACCCGGGCAUCUCUGCGACGCUGCCGCGAAUCGAGGGCAAGGUCGAGAUUCGGCCGGGCCAGGGCUUCUCCAUGCCUGUGCCGGUAUCCCUGGUGCGAAUAUGCCUCCAGAAACGCGAAACCAUACACCCCGAUGCCGAUAGUCUAACCAAGCGACAUCUUGGUGCACCCCGAAAAGAGACAACAGACGUAGUUGGCAAGGAGGUGUUGCUAUUCAGAUGCUCGUCAGGCAAGGAUGCCGAAAAUGUUUACUCCAUGGACCUGCCCUUUAUUAUCUUCAUACCCUUUGGAAGAGGCGGGGAGGAGACAAAUCGGAGAAUACCACCGGCAUCCUUACAGCUACCCAGCAGAAUCGCUGAAACAUACUAUGAAUUAGUCGUGACGGUGCAACAAGGCCACAGCAAUCAAUACCGAUACAGCUUCCCAUUGCCCCUACUACGAUACGAUACACUGUCAACUUUUGGAAUGUACAACAAACCCGAAACAAGGCAGAUUACCAGCGAUAACCUCGUUCACCUCGCAAUCAACCUGCCACGCUGGAGCUACGGCCCCAACGACCCCAUAACCGUAUACAUCAAAAUCGCUCCCAACCUUGACUGGUGGAAUAAGGCCAAGAAGGUGACCAUAGACAAGAUCACGCUAGGCAUAGAAGAGGAGAUUACCUUUAAUCCAGAAGGAGACGAGCCGACGAAGAAGGUCAAUAAGCUGGCGAAACAGGUCCAGGUAGUCAAGACAAAAUUGCCAGAAGCAGGAUACGCGACCAACAUUGGCUUGGUUUUCCCCGCGAAGGACCUGAGAGACUCUGAGGGCAUUAUCAAGAGGGGUAGGCCGGCCUUUCCCCAGUAUGAGGUUGCCUCCUUCACCACAUCAUCAACACUAUACAAGAUUGAAUUUUACCUCAGCAUCAAGGUGCAAGUAAGUGGUGCUAGAGACCUCCACAUACGGCAACCAAUCGUCAUCUGCCCCCUCGAUCAACAAGGCUGCAAGGAGGAAAUGGACGCUAUCGAAAUCGCGGCUAGAGAAGCCUCACACGUCGAUCCGAACAAUCCCAUGGUACCAGCUCGUUCCAUCGUCCUGGCUAACGAUCGAGAUGCGUUGCGAGCCUUGGGCUUGUGUACAGUUGGAGGGCAGAAGAAGCCUUUCAUUGAGUGA